AGUUGCUAGUAAUGGAGUUAUUUGGUGACGGUGGUGUUGGUGGAAUGGGUCUGAUUUCAAGAUAUGUGAAUGAGGCAGAUCAUGCUCAGGUGGUAUCUAUAGUACUCUUUGCAGCUGUACUUAGUCUAUGUAUAGUUGUUGGGCAUUUACUUCAUGAGAAUAAAUGGGUUAAUGAAUCCAUUACUGCCAUUAUCAUUGGAGGUGUCUCUGGAGUCGUAGUCUUGUUUCUUAGCAAAGGAACAAGUUCCCACAUUCUAAGAUUUAACGAGGACUUGUUUUUUUAUUAUCUUCUGCCUCCGAUAAUCUUCAAUGCUGGGUUUCAAGUCAAGAAGAAGCAGUUCUUUCGUAACUUUUCAACAAUCAUGCUUUUUGGAGUACCCGGUGUUUUUAUUUCAACCGUUAUCAUUACGAUUGGCUCCAUGUGGUUAUUCCCGAAGAUAGGGUUUAACGAACUUGAAACACAGGACUUUCUCGCUAUUGGAGUCAUUUUUUCGUCGACUGAUACAGUGUGCACAUUACAGGUCCUUGAUCAAGACGAGACUCCUCUGCUGUACAGCCUAGUUUUUGGGGAGGGAGUAGUGAAUGAUGCAACUUCAGUUGUUCUCUUUAAAGCAAUCCAAAAGAUCGAUGUAUCAAGGAUUACCGGAUGGGCUUCAGUUAAUGUUAUCAAAGAUUUCCUCUUCCUAUUUUCGACAAGCACUGCCCUUGGAGUUGUUGUAGGGCUUCUGACUUCUUACGCUCUUAGGACGUUAUACUUCGGUAGGCACUCAACUGACCGUGAAUGUGCUCUAAUGUUCUUAAUGCCGUAUCUCUCAUAUAUGCUGGCCGAGUUGCUACACUUGAGUGGUAUCCUCACAGUUUUCUUUUGUGGAAUUGUUAUGUCGCAUUAUGCUUGGCAUAACGUCACAGAGAACUCAAGAGUCACAACUAGGCAUACAUUUGCAACAAUGUCAUUCAUCGCGGAAGCUUUUAUCUUCUUAUACUGCGGAAUGGAUGCCUCAGAUGUAGAGAAAUGGAAAAUUAGCAAUAAGAGCUUCAAAACAUGCAUCAGCAUGUACUCCAUCAUCAUCCUUCUGAUUGCAGUUGGCCGUGCGGCGUUUGUGUUUCCUCUCUCUGUUUUAUCCAACUACAUGAAUAAAAGUGAUGAAAGAGUAUCGAUAACAUUCAAACACCAGGUUGUAAUUUGGUGGGCUGGUCUUAUGAGAGGAGCUGUUUCCAUCGCCCUGGCUUUCAAACAGUUCACUUAUUCUGGCGUAACAAUGAUUCCUGCUCAUGCAACAAUGGUCACGAACACGGUUUUCACUGUACUUUUUACUACUGUGGUAUUCGGUUUUUUGACGAAGCCGUUAAUAAGGUUACUGCUUCCACACCAUACGAGCGGAAACCACCAUCCAGAUAAUACUAUUCCAAGUCAUGAUAUGACCCUUCCCUUGCUUUCAUUUGAUGAAUCUGCCUCGACCAACAUCCUUAGAGCGAAGGACGGUAUCUCCAUGCUGUUGGAAAGACCUGUAUAUACGAUACACUCAUAUUGGAGAAAAUUUGAUGAUAAAUACAUGAGGCCUAUGUUUGGAGGUCCUCGCAGAUGAGUAGACCAAGCUUGCCUGGAGUUGGAGUAGAAGAUAUGAAGCAAAUAAUACGAGUACACGAUAUAAUACAACAGACUAAUCCUCGGAUGAGGUACACCGUAAAUUGGUGAAGAUCAAACUUACCUUUGGAGGAUGAGACAGCAAGGCCUGGGGUCAAGCUAACCUUCAAAGGAUGGUCUUUUAGGCCCAAGAAAGAAGAUUACCUCUCUUCAGGUGUACAGGAAGCUGUUAUUAUGUAUUGGUGCAUUUCUAACAAUAUAAUUUAGACUCGGAAAUAGUUAAGUAGGUCCGAAUCAAACAAGUUCCGAAUUUUUUCCUCCUUUCUCAUUUCAGAGUUCUUUAUCUAUUGGCAUCAUC